AUGGAGCUGCUGGACUGUCAGCUGAAGCCUCGCGUGCCUGUUCUUUCAACUUCUACUGGGAAGCCAUACAGAGUUGAGACAGCUAGAGGACUGUUUGAGGCAAUAGUUGCAGAGCUACUGACUCGUGCAAUUCAAUGGGAUGCUGUCGUUGACAACGUCAUCGAGCAAAUCGUUCAGACUGCAGAGCUCGCCAUUGAAGUCUCAGUCUUCGGCAAAUCGCAAGCAACCAAGGACCUCUUAGUUGCGCUGAAGGGGGUCCCAAACCUGGAGACUAAACCUCAUAACUUGAUCGACUGGGCUUCCAGAAGCCCAGAUGCAGAGCCUAAGGGCCCACGAGGCACCGCACAAUCCAAGAUCGCCAUCGUGGCCGAUCGAUUCGAUCUUGCAACCCACUUUGAUCCCACAGGCAAAUCUUUGAACAAGAGCCCGACGGAAUAUGGUUGCUUCAUCGAUGAACCAGGCCUGUUCGAUGCCCCAUUUUUCAACGUUUCGCCAAAAGAAGCCGCGCAAACUGAUCCACAGGGGCGACUCGCCUUGGUUACUGCAUACGAGGCCCUCGAGCGAGCUGGAUAUGUUCCAAACCGUACCGCCUCCACACACGUUCACCGUGUGGGAACAUUUUAUGGUCAGGCGGCAGAUGACUACCGAGAAGUUAACCAGGGCCAGGAAGUCUCUACUUACUAUAUCCCGGGGGGGUGCCGAGCAUUUGUGCCUGGCCGUAUCAACUACUUUUUCAACUUCUGGGGACCUAGCUUCAGCAUCGAUACUGCCUGCUCGUCGAGUUUGGCAACUAUCCAGGCUGCCUGUACAUCUCUCUGGGCUGGUGACUGCGAUACGGUCGUGGCUGGCGGUGUUAACGUUUUGACAAAUUGUGAUGGCUUCGCCGGCCUGGGCCAAGGCCACUUUCUGACAACAGGCCCUAAUGCGUGCAAGACUUGGGACUCUGAGGCAGAUGGCUACUGCAGAGCUGAUGCCGUCGGGUCUAUUGUAAUGAAGAGGCUUGAGGAUGCUGAGGCUGAUAAUGAUAACAUCCUUGGUGUCAUCCUAUCUGCUGCUACUAAUCACUCUGCGGAGGCCAUAUCCAUAACUCACCCACUUGCUGAAGCACAGUCAGAGCUGACUAGGACAGUGAUGAACCGAGCCGGCGUGGAUCCUCUUGAUGUUGGAUUUGUGGAGAUGCAUGGCACCGGAACUCAAGCUGGUGACAUGGAAGAGAUCAAAUCAGUUACAAAUGUGUUCGCUCCCAUGGGUAGUGGCGCCCGGCGCCGCAGCACCAAACAGCCGCUCUACAUUGGAGCUGUCAAGUCAAAUGUCGGGCACUCCGAGUCGGCAGCUGGAAUUACGGCUUUGCUCAAGGUACUGCUUAUGUUCCAAAAGGGGUUCAUUCCUCGCCAUGUUGGUAUUAAGAACAGCCUGACAACCAAGUUCCCCAAGGACAUGGCCAAGCGCAACGUCCAUAUUCCCUUCGAGCAGACUCCUUGGCCCCGUUUUCCCGGGAAGAAGAGGGUAGCCGUUGUCAACAACUUCAGCGCCGCUGGUGGAAACACUUCCAUCGCUAUCGAAGAGCCUCCAGUCAGGCCGGAGCCAGAAGUUACUGAUCCUCGUACCUCCCACGUUGUGACAGUCUCUGCCAAGAGCAAGAAAUCGCUUGAGGGAAAUCUCAAGAGACUUAUCGCAUACCUCGAUUCUCGCCCUGAUACUUCAUUGGAAAACCUUUCUUACACUACAACGGCUCGUCGGCAUCAUCAUAACUAUCGUGUCGCGGUUUGUGCCACAGACAUAGUGGCUGUCAAAAAACACCUUGAAUCCAAGCUAGCCGCCGUUGAUGCGCAGAAACCAAUCCCGGCUCCUGGUUCGAACCCGAUCGCAUUUGCUUUUACUGGCCAAGGUGCAUCUUACCGAUCAAUGAACUUGGAGCUUUAUCGCGAUUGCCCAUUCUAUCGGUUACAAAUACAGAAUCUCGACUCACUUGCGCAAUCACAAGGAUUUCCCUCUUUCAUUCCUGCAGUCGACGGGAGCUUCCCACAAGAUCACGCCCACGGUCCUGUCGUGACACAGCUCUCUUUAGUAAGCAUGGAGAUAGCACUUGCCCGGUAUUGGAACCUGCUGGGAAUUCAGCCUAGCAUGGUCAUCGGACACAGUCUAGGAGAGUAUGCAGCAAUGCAUGUUGCUGGUGUUCUUUCAGCCAGCGAUGCGCUGUACUUGGUGGGCAAGAGGGCACAGCUUCUCGAAAAGAAGUGUCGGAUCGGCAGCCACAAAAUGAUGGCUGUCUCUGCCACACUCGACGAUAUCAAGAAAACCGCAGGCAAUGCUCCCUAUGAAGUUGCUUGCAUUAACGCAACGAAGCAAAUUGUCUUGAGUGGACCGUCGGAGGAGAUUGGGAAGCUGGAGCUGGUUCUCAAGGGCGCUGGCUACCGAUGCCAAGUCCUAGAGGUUGCCUUCGCCUUCCACUCGGCACAGACAGAUGCGAUCCUCGACGAAUUCGAGGCGAUAGCGAAGACUGCUGUCGAAUUCAGGGAGCCACAAAUACCGUUUGUCUCGUCUUUACUCUCCAAGGUUGUAUGCGACGGCAAAACUCUUAAUGCCAACUACGUCCGGCGUGCAACUCGUGAGACAGUCGACUUUGUCGGAGCUCUCGGCACUGCCCAGGAUCAGGGAUUGAUUGAGGACUCAAUGGUAUGGAUCGAGAUUGGACCACACCCUGUGUGUAUGGGAUUUGUCAGAACAAACAUACCAUCUACCCCUAUCACUGUGGCAUCCAUGCGUAGAGAGCAAGAUAACUGGGUGACACUCGCCGAAUCAUUGUCAGCCUUACACUCGGUGGGGAUUGACUUCAACUGGAACGAGUUCCACGGCCCCUUCGAAAAAAGACUCCGUCUACUGGACUUGCCUACUUACGCAUGGAACGAUAAGAAUUACUGGAUGCAGUACAAGGGGGACUGGUGUCUUACGAAGGGCAACACAUUUUAUGUCGGUCAGAAUAAGGACAAGAGCCAGACUUCCAAUACUUUGAUGCCCAAGUCGAGUCUCCGGUCAUCCUCUGUUCAUCAGAUCUUGGAAGAAACUGUUUACGCGGACUCAGGGAAGGUUGUGAUGCAGUCAGACCUGAUGCAAAGGGACUUCUUUGACGCUGCCCAUGGGCAUAGCAUGAAUGGAUGUGGUGUUGUAACUUCGUCUAUCCACGCUGACAUUGCAUACACGCUUGGCGACUAUCUUUACAAGAAGAUGAGACCCUAUUCAGGAAAGAUUGAUAUGGAUCUGCGCAAUCUGAAUGUCCUCAAAGGCCUCGUGUCCCAAAAGUAUGUCAAGACACCCCAGUUGUUCCGUGUAUCCGCCGAGAUCUCCAACAUCGACUCGGGCGUUGCACAACUCAGUUGGUACAAUGUGGCGUCUACAGGGGAUGUUGAGGAUCUAUUUGCAAGCGCUGAGCUGUACUUUGGCGACGCCAGAGCUUGGCUUGACUCUUGGGCUCCCAUGUCCCACCUGGUCCAAAGCAGAAUCGAAGCCCUGGAGCAGUUGGCCGUGCGAGGCGAGGCGACAAGGUUUUCCCACAACAUGACAUAUCGCCUGUUUGGCAACAACCUGGUUGAUUAUGCCUCCAAGUACCGUGGAAUGCAGUCCGUAGUCCUGAACGGGCUUGAGGCAUUCGCGGAGGUGACUCUCUCACAUGAGAAGGCCGGGUCAUGGAUAGUACCGCCCCAGUAUAUUGACAGCGUCGCUCAUUUGGCUGGUUUUGUCAUGAAUUGUUCUGAUGCCAUGGACACCCAGAGCUAUUUCUGUGUGACUCCGGGAUGGAAAUCCAUGCGAUUUGCUACUGAGCUGGAGGCCGGUGAGAAAUACCAGUCCUAUGUGAAGAUGACACCUACUUCGCAGGAUCCCACUGUCUUCAUGGGCGAUGUAUACAUAAUGCAGAGCAAUUGCAUUGUGGGGAAGGUCGGAGGGAUCACAUUCCGGAAAUAUCCACGCAUCCUACUCAACCGGUUCUUCUCGCCUCCGGACGCUGCUCAGGCCAGCAGCUCUCCCAAAGCGUCUGCCAGUGCGCCGCCAAAGCCGCUGUCGGCCCCUGCGUCAAAGCCAGCAUCGGAGCCUUUGAAGACCAAUUCCGCACCGCUUCCAGCGCAGCUGGCUUCCACCACAUCCUCUGGUGCCUCUACACCAAUAGAGCCAAUGUGGACACCAAGUGUCGAGAAGAGCGAAGCUUCAGAGGCUCCAUCCCCUACACAGCCAGUUGCAAAGAACUUCCCGCCUCCUGUUGCUAUAACCACCGAUGCCGAUGUCAGCGAGGGCGUCGCUGUCAAGGCCAUGCGACUCAUCGCCGACGAGACGGCGAUAGAUGAAGAGGACCUGGUCGAUGAAGCAAGCUUUGCCAGCUUGGGGGUCGACAGUCUGAUGAGCUUAGUCAUUGCUGAGAAAUUCCGUGACAACCUGGGAGUGAAUGUCAGUGGUGGGCUUUUUUUGGAGUAUCCUACUAUCGGUGAUUUACGUGGAUGGUUGAUUGAGAACUAUAGCUAA